GUGCAUACGGGAUACGCGAUGAACGUUAAUAUUGGUGAUCCGUUUAAGGAAUUCUUCGUUCUACUUGAAACUGUAACAUCGCGUUUCUGGGUCGUUGGAAUCGACUGCUUCGACUGGUUUCCAUUUUGUCAGGGCAAAACGAAGUAUUCGGUUGCUGAAUCGAAAGGCGCUCGAUUUGAGUUAGUUCCAUGUAACCAGAAUUUCGACUGUAAGAAGGCGAUUACAUUCAACCCUUUUCGUUAUACUGAUCAAAUCUCGGUGCUGGAAAUGAAUGGUGCUGCCGCCUGGAAGUUUGAAAAUGCAACGUUCAGAACGGUAUCUGUUGUACUGCCCCCCAGUAUGGAGGAAUACCAAAAAAUUAGUGGAGUAAUUGGUUUGGCAAGACUAAAUAUCCAGAAUGAAUUUACGAAAAACAAUCCAAUGAGACGGGCCAUCCGUGCGGGUACUCCAAUCAUCACCAUUGCCCUACCGAAGCUGGUUAAUUUUUUUUGA